AUGAAGGACGUGGACAGCUACGUGAUUUGUGACUCCAAGGCUAAAGGCUUCCCAAUCCGACAUGUCAGCAAAGGCUUCGAGGAGCUGUUCGGCUACGAUGCAUCCGAAUGCGUCGGGAUGCGCUGCGGUGAGAUGAUUGGCGGUGCAGGCCUACUGAACCACAAGCCUGGCAUGGCCAUGCUCAACAAGGUAGCAGCCGAUCUGGGUCUCACCGAAGAACAGGCAAAUACAGGCAUCAGGCGCAUGAACAAAGCUGCGGAAGAGGCAGUUCAGACGGUUAACCAAGGUGGCUUCUCGCAAUCGGUCCUGCUUAUCAACACAAGGAAAAAUGGGGAGUUGUUCGUUUGCGAGAUGUCCUUGUGCAAGAAUCAGCACCCGACAAUGGGCUGGCACUACCAUGCUGGCAUUCAACGCGAUGUCUCCGACCGCAUCUCGGUUGAGAGGCUCCUGCAGGCAGCCUCUGAGGGUGUUCCCUACGACCAGAUCUGCCAAGAAUGGAGGACCACCACAGCGCCGUCGAUUGGCGAGACGACUCUUGCAGACAUGCUUGGUGCCUCUCAGCAGGAUCUUCAUUCAGUCGCUGAGCAGAUGUGGAAAGACGAGCUCGCGAAGGUUUUCCAAAAGAAGGAUGGCAGCAAGACAGUCGCUCCUGACACAGACAUGAGAUCUGUGUGGAGUCGAAGCACGGCGUCCACCAUGCAAAGCCGAAGAAGUUCCCGAUGUGAGGGCGACAAGGGCGAGGACAAGAAGAUUCACCACUUGGGGGCGCUCUUUGGAGCCGUCAUCCCGUCCGACUCGGAUGAGAAAGCCGAGAAGUCUGAGGAAAGUGGGCGAUUCCUGGAUCUCCUGGAGGGAGAGUUCUCGGAUGACGAGCCCACGGUGGCGGCUCCUACGCAGCCGCCUCCCGCGGUUGUGCAGGGCCACGCCUUGCCACUUUCAAUCGAUGCCUUGCGCCAGCGUGAGUUGGAACGGACUGAGUCGGUGAAGAGCUGGCAAUCCGAGGACUUCAAGUCCGUGUCUGACACGUCGGAACAAGAGAAGGACUGCGAUGCACUAUCGACGGAAGACAACUCUCCAAUGAGCGACACUUCGCUACUCUGCGAUGAGGUGCAGGACCCGGCGAAGCAUGUGGCCCGUUCUGUGCUGCGCAACCUCGAGAUUCCUUUGGUUAUUGCAGCCCCAACGGUCAGUGGCUUUCCGGUCGUCUUGCGCAGUCAAGGUUUUGAGGACCUAUUGGCAGGGCCAUCGCAUCAAAUCAAAAUGGGCAGCCAUGCGAGACAUGCGCUGCAACCUUCGGACGAACGAGUGCAGUCAACGUGGGCGGACUUUUGUGACUCCGUUCUGCAGGGGCACAUUUAUGUACAUCCGUCCACAGGAGGUGGCGUGGCGAUGCUGGAGGGAGCGAGCGACAUAACGCUCCCUGCAGGAGAGCUGGCCUUUGUGCAGCCCUUCCACGGCAGGUUUGGCAACGUCACUGAAUGUCUGGUUUACCUGAAACAGGUAGAGUUGGACGACUGCCCCUACCUCAUUGCAGUGCAUUCGUACUUAACGCGAGUGGAUGACUUGGAGAAAGAUCGUCCACGCGCGUUGGAUUCUGAGUUCUACAAAGUUGGCAUGAGAAUGGACGAGGUCAUCGCCGAGUUGGCCGCGGAAUUUUUCUAUUACGCGCCUAUGCGGAGGCAGACGACACUGUACCCUCGGCGCGAGCGGUCUUGCCAAGAUCAUGCGCUGCUUGACCUCCUCGUCCCCGAGUUCUGA